AGUGCUUUUUGUUUAUAGUUUAAAUGCACACGCCUCCCGAAUCGACGGUGGGGAGUUUCUUUUGACAAUCGUGAAUAGAGUCUCCUGAAAACCAUGGAUCCCACGCGAGAAGCGAACAGAGUUGAGCGGGGCGAUACGAGCACAGCCCCGCCGGGGAAUAUCACCGAUCCACGGUCGUGCCUCGGUAGCUGGAGACGCUGGAUCCGCCCCUUAGUCUAUGUGAUCUACGGACUCUGUGUGGCUCUGGGAGUACCGCUCAUCAUUCUAGACGUCUCAAGAGCCGAAGAGGAGAAUUUCAAGAGGACUCUGGGUGUUGUGGGAUUCUUCGCGAUGGUUGUUGCUAUCCCGAUCUCAAUCUGGGGUAUUAUCAAUCACAUCGUUUACUACACUCGACCCAACCUUCAAAAACACAUCAUCAGGAUCUUAUUCAUGGUUCCGAUCUACGAGAUGAACAGUUGGUUUGCUCUUCGUUUUCCGGGCGUCGAGAUAUAUUUAGACACAUUACGUCAGCUAUACCAGGCUUUCGUCAUGUAUAGUUUUGUCUACUACCUUCUGACGUUCUUUGACGAGGUGCCAAACUUUGAAAACCGACUGGUCAUGAAACCACAGAUAAAGUCCCCUCCACCGUGUUGUUGCGUCAGAGCAGUCCCAAACCAACGAAUUAUCCGAAGGUGUAAAGCAGGCGUGCUGAACUACACUGUUAUCCGAAUUGUUGUUACCAUAGUUUCAAUAAUCACACACCUUACAGGAAAUUACAACGAAGGGAAUUUCUCUGCAAAAUAUGCCUAUGUCUGGGUGACCGUCAUAGUAUCGAUUUCACAAAUCUGGGCCAUCUUCUGUAUAAACCUUCUCCGUAAAGCAACCCUCGAUGAGCUGAAAAUGCUACCCAGGUCCACCUCUCAGUUUGUGGGAAUUCAACUCGUGAUAUUCGUCACCAAUUUUCAGAGUACCCUUCUGAAUAUCCUGGCUCAGACAGGCGUCAUGAAGCCCAAACCAGCGUGGGGUUUCGAGGAUGAGUUUGCAUUCGCUACAAUGCUGCAGGACUUUCUGAUUUGCCUUGAGAUGGUGGCAUGUGCUAUCCUCUUCUCGUACUCCUUUGACUAUCAACGUUACAAUAUGGAGAAUGAACAAAAGAUGAGUAUCGCACAAUCUGUUAAGCAUAUGAUGACCAUGACUGACGUAAAAACCAACAUCAUGGAACGUCUCAGAGGAAAAGGCCAUUCCUCUGAGAGUCAACAAAACACGGAUCUUGUUCGAAUGGAGCAUCCUCCAACAGUGGAUGAUGUUCCUCCAUCGUUAGCAUCUCAAUCCCCGACAGAAGCAGAGGGUUCUCCGAGGAGGACACAGGGCCAUCCGUCCGUCUCUCUCCCUGACAUCAUCUUGAACCAUCAAGAGAAUUCGGACAUCAACAGAAAUCAAGAAAACGGAAUGGAAAGUCAGAGCGAUUCUCACAUACAAGUGAAGAAAUCAAGCGAGGGUACAAGUGACAAUGACACUGAUGAUUUCAUGGACGGCGACUUUACAACAGAUGACAGUGAUGUCAAUGAUAUUCCACGACGUCCCUCUGUCGAGGACCAACUUGAAACUGCUCAGGUCAAAUCUCUCCAGGUUUCAAAGAGGCAGAAGAAAAUCAGCUGCACAGGACUGAAAAUGUCAUUUGAUGAUGACGAUGACGUCUCAACCAAUGGUGAAGAUGUCAUCAAUAAAUCAGAUGGUGACACAAUUGACACACCAGACACGAGGAAUCUUGCCAUACCCGGGAGCAGACCCCAUCAAUCCAGCGACGCUGACAUGGCACUGGACGUUAAUGACAUUUCAAGCGAUGAUGACGAUAGCGAUAACGAUAUUCGUUAUCGAUCGAUAAGUGAGGAAUCUCGCACAGCAUCUCUGCCAGUUCCACAGCACAGACGGACAAAAAAGGUCAGCUAUGCCGGGAUGACCUUUGAUGACAUGGAUUGGUAUGUUAUGAGUAAUGACGAAGACCACCCGCCAAAGAGAGAGAGAAAGAACACAGGAGAGAAAAAAGAAUGAAUUUGACACUUUUGGUGUAAACUAAAAAAUAUGCACAUGUAAUAAACCUAAAAAGUGCAAGUUUAUUCACAAAUAAUAAGAGGUUUGUAUCAGAGACGUGAAAAAAGGAGACACCAAAUAAUAAAUAAAACACUAAAACUAGGAGUGAACCUGCACCCCCCUAAUCAUCAUGCAGACCUAGGGACAUGCCAUUGGUCCGUGUGUGGCGAUCAGCGUGUGGAUGUGACACCACAACGUGCAAAUUUAAGCUGCUUUUGAUACUAAGGAAAAUGCCCUCAAGCUGUAUCAAAAGUAAUAACUAUAAGCAUUUGUAGGGCGCACUUUACUUGUUAAACAUUCAAGGUCAAUCCAAGAAUUCUCGACCAAUCUGGGGAUUCAUUACAAGACUAUGAACCAACCUUUACUAUCUGAAUACCAUAUGAUUGGUUUACUGGUAUUGUAGCUAGACGAGUCUUACAAGCUAAGCUAAUGAGUUCCAU